UGCUUUGCCAAUUGGAAUUAUUCUGAACUGUGAUCUCUAGAUUAGCUCAAUAUGAAGAUUUUUGUUUGUAUUUUGGCAUCUUUGGCCGUAGCAAAUGCUGGAGGUGGCUAUUUGCCAGGCGGCGGUGGUAGAGGUGGAUUUGGUAGAUCGUCACAUGGUGGCGGUGGAUUUGGUGGUGGUGGAUUUGGUGCUGCCAGUUCAAGUGCUGCUGCUAGUUCGAGCAUCAGUGGUUUACAUGGUGGUGCUGGGUUUGGUGGCAUAGGAGCACGAAAAUUUGCUUCUUACGGUAGUGGCGGACAUGGACCUGGUGGUGGUUUUAGCGGCGUUAGUCGUUAUGGCGGUGGUGGUUCUCAUGGAGUCAGCAGUUUUGCAGCAAGCGCUUCGGCACCUGGUGGCGCAUACAGCUCACACGCCUCUAUUGGUAGCUUAGGUGGCUCUUAUGGUAAAUCGUAUGGUGGUUCUGGAGGUGGCGGCUGGGGAGGUGCUGGCGGUAUUGGUGGCAGUUAUGGUGGCGGCGCUGGAGGUUAUGGUGGUGGUGCUGGAGGUUAUGGUGGUGGCGCUGGAGGUUAUGGUGGCGGUCUAAAGAGUAGUGGCUGGUCAGGUAGCGGUGCUGGCGGUUAUGGUGGUGGAGCUGGAGGUUAUGGUGGCGGCGCUGGAGGAUAUGGUGGUGGUGCUGGAGGUUAUGGCGGUGGUUUAAAGAGCAGUGGCUGGACAGGUAGCGGUGCUGGCGGUUAUGGUGGCGGUGCUGGUAGUUAUGGUAGCGGUGCUGGCGGUUAUGGCGGUGGCGGUUUCGGUGGAGGCUUGAAAAACGGCGGUGGUUGGGCUGGAGCUGGCGGUCUUGGUGGUGGUUCAGGUGGCUUGUAUGGUGCUGGCGGUAGCGGUGGCUACGGUGGCUCAGGUGGUUAUGGCGCUGGUGGUAGCGGUGGCUGGGGUGGCGCUAGUGCUUCCAGUUCUGCUAGUGCUUCCUCCGGUUGGUGGUAAAAUUAGUACCUCAAUCAACUAACGUGAUAUUUUUGAUAUGUUAAACCAGAAAAUUUUCUUAGAGAAAUAAA